CCCAGCCGCUGAUUGGACAAUGCAGGUUUUGCAACGUCACACGUGAUCGUCAGUAGGCUAUAAGUGAGGCUGGGAGCGAGUCAGUGCCAGGUUUUUGUGGGAUCACCACGUGUUGAGAAGCCCAGAAAACAACAAUAUGUCCCAACAUGAAAAGACAGCAGACAGGCCACCUGUGGAGAGAUCACAGGCCGGUACCACCAUAAACAGACAGACCCACAGACUGUACCCAUCACUGCCGAAUAUCGAUUGGUAUGAGGUUUGUCUGCCGGGCCGCUCCAUUGGAGAAAACCUUCACACAGCUGCUGUGGAUCUUCCUGACAGUCUGCUGGGGGACAACAAGCUUCAGUUAGAGGUGUCGCCUGCCAGCAGAGACGUCAGAAUGAAAGCACAGAUACUUAUCUUGGAGGAGCAAAGGCAAGAGCUUCUUUCUAUUAACGAGAAAUGGGCUAAAGAGUACCGAACCAUGAGACAGUACUACAAAGAGAAGGUCCAAGACUUAAAAGCAUUACUGCAACAAAGUCAAUUUGAAGAAGAGACUUGGGAAGGAGGAGAAAACCACUUCACAUUACAUAAGAAAGUCAAAGAGAGCACAUGGACUAGAGACACUGAUGUCAGCUCGGAGUUAGUAAAAGCAGAAAAGGAGGCAAGGGAGCUGCGGGUGCAAAACAGCACUCUAACUCGACGAGGGCAGCGUCAGCACGAGGAGAUCAGACGACUGAACAAGGCUCUCGACGAGGCACUUCAGACUACUCAACCUCUUGAUGUGAGCAGUGAAACACUACAUGAUAUCUGGAAACAUCAGGCUGAAGUCUACAAGGAAGACUUCUUGAAGGAGAGGAGGGACAGGGAAAAGCUUAAGGAGAAGUAUCUGGAAUUGGAGAAUAAGUUUAGGAAAGUUCACAGUGAGCUACGUGUCCUCAAAUCUCAGGUGACUUCGACUCGGCCACCAAAGCCUUUGCUUGAAUGUACCUGCGCAAAUGGAACCAGAAGCCCAAACUGGGAGGUUCGCCCAAGUAACCGGGACGACAUCCAGAGACAAAGACGUUACACACUUGACGACAAACUGUGAAAUUCACUUGUCGUGUGAUAAUGUAUGUUGCACUUUAUGGAAGUCUUAGAUCAGAGUUCAUCAUUAGGAGGGUGAGACUUUGCCAGUUGAUCAGACAGGACCACAUCUGGGAGGCAAGCUCUAUUCUGUUUCAGUCCUCGGGCUAAUGUCUGCUGCAGGUUCAGUUUCAGGUAGUUUCAGCCGUGCUUGUAGCGAGCCCCCUCCACUGGUGUGGGCCCAUUAGGUGACCUGUGUGGAGGAAGCAAACACAUAAAAAAAAAAAAACACUCAAACAGCCCGUGAAAGGAAAAGAAGCUUUUGUAUAAACACUUCCCAGGACAGUAGUAAUGAUUAAAAUAAAAUACUCUACCCAUUGUGUGCAAAGUUUGCUAUGUACGCCAUUACAAGCUUGCUCAGUUCCUCUUUUUCUUGUGACACGGGUCCUUAGGGAGAUAUAAAUGAUUGCACUGCCCAAACACUAUUGACAUGAAUGUUUAUCAAAGGUGCAAAAUGAAUGAGACAUCUUCCUGCCUCAAGUACCUGUAACUGCGGUGUUUCCCACUAUGCACCAGAUUGGAAUGCUUACACUCAUAGACAUAGACAGGCACACCUACAUAUGUCAGGCGGAAGGAAAAUGCAAGUCACGUUGUGACUACAAGGGCUGAUAUUUUUCUGAUUCAUUAAAAAGUACGUUCACCUUGGAGGUAUGCAGACACUAGGUAUGGCAAGAAUGAGGAGAAAAUUGAAAAUGUAUAGGAACUUUUAUUCUGACAGUAUAUUUAUGAAUGUUUGAAGGAAAUUCUCCUGUUUCUUGUGUAUUUAUCAUGACAAUAAACUAUUGAAUGUG